AUGGUCAUUUCCUUUUCGUCUUCUGGUUUGGAUGUCAGCAAAAUUUUAGCUUUCCUCGGCCAGAAAUCCUCAGCAACGUUGAUAAGAGGACCAGUAGGUCCUGCAAAAGAGACGUUGAAGAGAGCACCAUUGGAGGCAUUCAUGAUUUUGUUGACAGACCUCACAGUAAGUACUUCUUCCGUUGAGGUUAAAGCAAUGUGA